CAACAAAUACUGUACUUUAACAUGAAAUCCCUGUCACUGUAAUUUUAUAAAUCACAAUAAUCCUUGAAAUAAUUCAGUUUCUUUAGGACCCAGCAGAGCUACUCAGAAUCAAUCCCUGUGAUGUAGUACACAUUCUGCCCCUGACGUUUGUGCUGUGGUGUACUCAUGAGUGUACUGGUGGGGAUCUAUAAUCAAUCAGCUUUGUAGACUGUGGGACACACUGAUCUCCAUUAUAUUAAAGUGCAUUGUCUGAAACUCAACAUCAGGCUGCUAAAUGUGCGCCUUCCAUGUCCAGGUAAAUUGUUACCUGGUAUCAAUCUCAGUCUGAAUGUCGAGCUUCGAGGUUUGAUGCAGGCUGUUGCUAGCUAGCUAACGUUAGUCUAUUUCACUAGCCGACUUGCUAGCUAACUUUUUUUGGUUUUCUAACUUCUGCAUGCUUUAAAAUAUCAAUCGCGCAUCAGUUGAACUCGCACCUAAUUAUGCUCGCCAUUUCAACACGGGGCUUUCUGUGGUCGGAUGUCGAGACCAGAACCUUGCUUAACAUCUGGGGCGAGCAGGACAUCCAGACAGCGUUGGAUGGAAACUUCCGAAACAGUCAUGUCUACCGCGACGUCGCCCGAAGGUUGGGAGAGAUGGGGUUCGAAAGAACCCCGGAGCAGUGUAGGGUGCGAAUCAAAAGCCUGAAAAGGCAGUUCCUCCUGGCCAAGGAGGGCAACCUGAGGAACAAUGGACAAUACCACAAGAUCUGCAAAUUCUAUGAUGCCAUGGAGAGGAUACUGAGCAGCCGUCCCCAGAUUGACCCCCAGGAGCUGCUAGACAGCGGGGCUGUGGGGGAUGAGACCAUGGACGGGACAGAGGAGGAAGAGGACACAGACCCUCCACAGGACCCAUACCUGGAGAGCACAGGGGAAUGCUCCUACCCAGAGACCCAAGUGAAGCUGGAAUACCCUCCCAUCACUAUCCCUGUGACAGUGGGGAACGGCAUCACAGUCAGACAGACCAGCAACAGCCAGUCAGCUAGUGGGCCGUCCUCCAGCCGACCCAAGCGGCCCAAGAAGCGGCAUGCCGACCUGCCCCUGGACAGUCUGAUGGAGCGGUUCCUGGAGCAGAGUGCCGAGGCCGAGCAGAGCUUCUACCAGAUGGAGGAGCAGCGUCUGCAGGUCGAGGACCGCCGGCGAGAGGCUGAACACGCCCGCGAGCUCCACAUGCUCCAGGUGUUGGGACAGAUGUUCUCCAGCAUCGCCACCAGAAACCCUGUCGCCACAGCUACCGCAACCACAGCAAUGCCGCCUGCUCGGAAUACCAUGGAGUCCACCAUGCAGCCCGGUGUGCCGAUGUCCGCCUCCAGCCAUAUGACGCGUGGCCGGUCGUGUCACCUCCGGGUCCACUCGCCCCAAUCCCAGGCUGAGUGGCCCAGCUACCACCGUCAGCCACAGUCCAAUGCAGGUUCUCAGUCUUUAGUCAUCGAGCGCUCCUUCUCCCUUGGGACAGCCGCACGCACAGGCAUGGAUGAUAUCCUUCCACUGGUGAAAAAUAUAGUCCCUCCACUGACGUCUAAAAAGCAUAAAGGCCAAGACGGGCGGAUUGGGAUUAUUGGGGGAUGUCAAGAGUAUACAGGAGCUCCGUACUUUGCUGCUAUCUCUGCAUUGAAAGUGGGGGCCGACCUGUCACACGUAUUCUGUACUAAAGACGCAGCGACAGUGAUCAAAUCCUACAGUCCGGAGCUCAUAGUUCAUCCUGUGCUGGACAGCCCCAAUGCAGUGGAGGAGAUAGAGAAAUGGCUCCCCAGACUCCAUAGCCUGGUGGUGGGACCAGGGCUAGGCAGAGAUGUCAUGCUGCUGAAAAACGCCAAGGAAGUAAUUGAGAAGUCCAAAGCAAGAGAUAUCCCUAUAGUUAUUGAUGCAGACGGGCUGUGGCUGGUUGCUCAGCAGCCAUCAGUCAUCCAAGGGUACCAGAAGGGCAUCCUGACUCCCAACUACAUGGAGUUCACCCGGUUGUAUGAGGCUAUGCACCAUGAGCCUCUGGAUAGCAGUGACCAUCAGAGGAGUGCCAUGGAGCUCAGUGUUGCCAUGGGAAACCUGACCGUGAUUCUCAAGGGGGAGGAAGACCUCAUCACCGACGGUAACAAGGUGAUCUUGUGCAGACAGGAGGGCAGCGGGCGGCGGUGUGGGGGGCAAGGAGACCUCCUAUCUGGCUCUCUGGGAGUGCUGGCACACUGGGCAUAUGCCUCCUCAGCAGACAUGACCAAAAGUGUGAACCCGUCAGUGGUGGCAGCGUUUGGGGCCUGUUGUCUGACCAGACAGUGUAACAGACAGGCCUUCCACAAACAUGGCCGAGCCACCACCACCACAGACAUGAUCCAGGAGAUCAGCUCUGCCUUCAAAAAACUAUUUGAGAGCUGAGAACAGUCUAUAGGAGCAGAGUCCAAGAUACACUCACAUACAUAUGUACUGUACAUACAAACACUCACAUACACUAUAUAUACAAAAGUAUGUGGACACCCCUUCAAA